GCAGCGUUUACUUAGUUAGAAUAACUUCAGUGUAGUGUAAAACUAACCUCAACAGACAUUUUCAUUUGUGUGGGGUAUAAUUUUUUAAUACAAUAGUUUUCUCAAUUUCGGUUUUUAUUCAACUCAUUUGCUCCACAUGUUAUUUAUUUGAGCCUCUUUGCAAACUAACAAUAGCUUCUAAAUUAUUAAACUAUCAAGUAUUCUAUGCACACAUUUCUGCUUUAUCAGCUUAGCUGACCACCUCAUAAAUCAUAACCUUUUAUGUUGCCUUUAAAACUAAACGAAUACUGCGGUAAUCAAAAUUAGCAAUAAUUCAAAUGUAUAUGGACAUCAUAGCUACCGAUAAUAUCGAUAAGACGCCAAUUAUCGCACGUCGCGCACACUAAUUUAAAGCCCUAAAAUUAUAAAAAUUACACAACCAUUUGGGGAGAUGUUUAGUAGCGUUUGACCUUCUGUUUGCCAUUUAGUCUUCGGCCAAUCGACUAGCCGACUAGUUUACCACGAAUUUAAUCCGUUACACAAUGAAAACCGGUACCAUUUUUGGCGCCAUAUUGGCACUCACCCUAAUGGGUACAUCCUGCGCGCGUACUUUGAACGAAGCAGAUACUGUUGUUGCGGCAGACACGGACUCCACCAUAGAUGGACGUAUUGUUGGCGGCAGAACCGUUGACAUUUCGGCACAUCCCCAUCAGGUUAGCAUGCGCUCGAAGAGCAUUCUAUCCGCAUCCGCCUCGUACUCGCAUAACUGUGGCGGUAGCAUUAUCUCGGAGAGCAUAGUCCUUACAGCGGCACAUUGUGUAAUCGGUAAAGUGCCUAGUCAAUACCAAAUUGUCGCAGGAACGAACCAGCGCAGAAGUGCCGAUGGUGCUAUUGCAACCGUUAAGGAGAUCAUUAUGCAUGAGCAGUACACACCCAGUACGUAUGACAAUGAUGUCGCUAUUAUGGUGCUUGGUACGCCACUGCCAAUCAACAAUUUCACCAUCAAAGCAGUGCCAUUGGCGGAAGAGGGUUCGCUGAAUGGUGCUACUGCUACGGUCAGUGGUUGGGGUACGCUUAGUUCAGGUGGUACCAGUCCAACUCUGCUGCAGGAAGUUAAAGUGCCGAUUGUCAGUAAUGAGAUAUGCAAUGCGGACUAUAAUGGAUUAAUUACGGACUCUAUGUUGUGUGCUGGCGUACGCGGCACUGGUGGCAAGGACGCUUGUCAAGGUGAUUCGGGUGGUCCAUUGUUGGUUAAUAACAAAUUAGCUGGUAUAGUGUCGUGGGGUUAUGGCUGUGCACAGGCUAACUAUCCGGGUGUGUAUGCGAAUGUGUCAUAUUUGUUGCCAUGGAUACGUGAAAAAAUCGCCGAGGUAGAGUUGACGCUUUUGUCGCAGAACUGAGAGUGGGUGUUCGGAGACGAAAUUUGAAUAAAUAAUUAAAGAGAAAUGCAUGUAUGCAAAAAUAAAAAUUUGAGACGAAAUAUGGAUUUUUAAUAAAAAUUAUA